UAAAAGUAGUUUUGGUUUCGAUUUCAUAUUUGUAUCAAAGACUGAUUUUAAUCAAAUAAAAUCGAAAUUUAAUAUAUUGGUAUCGUAAUUUGGACUGGAUAUAAGGAUUAUUUAUAUUGAAUUUAAAUCUGGAAUAUUUUUCAUCUGAAUUGAUUUCAAUAUAUAUGCUCCUGACAUUUAAAUCUAUUUGUUAAAGCAUGUAUGUGUAAUUAUGGCGUCCGGUGGAAAUAAUGCAAAGGCGAUUAUAUUUUAUGACAGUGAAGGCGCAAACGAAACGUCUAAAACAGAGGUAGACAAAUUGAGGUUCUUCAUUGAAAAGAAUGGUGGAUACACAUGUCAAACUGACCAUGAAAUAAGAAUACCUGGAACCGAAGUUAUGAAUAACAUUCACAAUUCAAUUAAUCGUUAUGACAGAAUAAUAAUUCUUAUAACAGAUCAAUCUGCUUCGAAAGGAUGGUUCACAUUUGCAGUUUUGUCUGCCUUAGAAAACAUUAUUGUGGAAAAUCACAUGAGACUUUUGGUCGCAUACAAAGGAAAUCGACGUGAAGAUGUUGGGUUUCUGAAAACCGGAUUGCUGUCGUUGACGCCCAAGACGUUUGUCGACCUCACUGAAUGGCAGGGAUAUGAAAGGCUUCUCAAACAACUGAAAACUCCAGUGUGUCUGGACGAAGAAUUACCAGCUGGAAACUUGCAUCUUGGCUUGGUCCAUUCCCACAUAUCCGGUUACAUGUGCUAUGUUGCUGAAGAGUUUGCAAAGAACAAGAAUUGGUCGGAGAAAUGCGCUGAUUACAGAAAACAACAUAAACUACUGAUUGGGAAAUUUCUGCUGGUUGUACCAAAAACAUGCACUGUCCCACAGCAGCUUCCAUCAAAUUCAGCAGCAGACAUCGUUAUUUCGAAUGUGGAGAAUGUCAAGUUUGAGAGAAAUCACGCCGGUAAAACCAGAGGAUAUGUCGUUACAAUCUACCAGAUAAAGCACGUGAACAACGAGGUGUACGUUUGUGCCCAGGUACCAACAGUGCUGACGGCCAUACCACAUCUUGCAAAGCAACACAUUGGAACCAUAAAUAUUGCUCUCGAGCACCAGCGGUUUUGUCAAGCAUAUCAGCAGAUUAUCGAUGCGAAUGGAUGGGCUGACUUCUUGGAAAUAAUCCAAUGAGAAGAUGAAAACGAUAUUCCGGUCGCGUUGUGUAAGGCCGCUACGACAAACGCUAACAAAUCGGCUGAGAGAGGAACAGCUCAACAAACAGCUGGAGUUAUCUCCGAUGUUAAAAAGGUAAGUGCAAUAAAAGGUAGCCAACUAGCAAAUUCAAAUGUUUCAUCACAGAUGUAUUUUCUGUGUAUUUUGCUUAAUAAGCCAAAAGUUUUAUUAUUUACCAAGACUUAAUAUGUGUACAUAUAAGUCAUGGGUAUAUGUUGGUACACAUAGACAUAAUAUUCAAUAAUGUCACUUUAAAAAGAAUUUCAUUUUACAGUAGGAGUUCGGACGAUAACCUCGUUUUUCCAUAAUAAGAACGACUAAAAUGUUCGUUUGCAAUUAGAUAACAAAAACAAGAGCAAUGCCUACAUGGACUUCGCUACAUUCCUAAAGC